UUUCUCUCACAAAUUUAUAUAGCCGCCCAACUCUUACAUAGCUGGCUCCAGGCAGCUUAUAACAUUUUUAAAAAUAUCCUCCCUCCCUCCCACGGCAGCAACAACACAAUCAAAUCAGCCACUCGAUUGCCUCCAUCUCUGUUCAUGGUCCCUGGACCCACUAAAAGCCCAGGAGAAGCAACAGGAGGAUGGGAACAACUGUAUCUCAGGAGGAAUGAUGUUCCACAAAGAAUGGUCCUUCACCGUAAAGGCCCUUUUUCAUGGUCCCAGAAGAUGAUAAUCUAUAAUCGAUGGGCUCCGUAACAUGCCCUGCCUUCCCAUCCUGGUGGGCCGGGUAGAUAUAAUAGGACAGAGGCUUUGCCCAAAUAAACUGAUUCGGAGCUCAGCAUGAUGGUCUCAUUCAUUAUGCUAAGGGAAUUGUUGGCUAGGUAAGAAUACCCGGUGUUAAGAACCCAAUGUCCGCACUCAAGAAAGACAAAACUCUUUAUUUCUAUACAGAAUAAGAGAAGGUGUUAAUUGCUCAUUGUUUUCUAAAUAUUCUCACAGGAAAGAAAUGGAAAGUCAGAAGAAUGUUGGCUGAUUUUACAGUAGUUUCAUGGAUGGAUAUCUAGAAAGUUGGCUGAAGUGGCUCAGCUAUGACCAGGUACAAAUUGAGUAAUGCCCUGUCAAAUAAGGUUGCCGCAUAUUCAUCCUGCUGAAGUUACCCAACAUUGGUGUCUAGCUGAUGAGUCAUCACUAUGAUUUGUCUCUCAGCCAGAAUGCUUAAGCAUCAGCUGCCAGGUCUUUUGUGCCUUUCUCUCUUCUCUUCUUGCACAAAUCUACCAAUAAUUGCAGACUUGACAGUUGUAUUGCCACCUCCUGUGAAUUGAACCCAGCUUCAAAGAUGUCCACACUGCAUUCGUGGCAAAAAAAAAUUGAAACUGUUGCACUGCUCGUCUCUAUAAUUUAUUUUCCCCAUUUUACAUCACUACACUACAGUCCUUGGAUUUUCUAGUGGUCUCUUCAAAUACUCUUCAAGUACUAGAACAGGGGUCUUCAAACUUGGCAACUUUAAGACUUAUGGACUUCAACUCCCAGAAUUCCUCAGCCAGCCCAGUAAGGGUUCAGUGUGAGUAUGUGGUGUGGCUACAGGAAAACUGACAGCUACUUUAAGAAAAGUGUGAGUGAAAUAAUCCCAUCCAGGAAAUAUUGUUUGGUAGUAACCUUUUUUUCCCCUCUAGUAGCUAAGUUCACACAUCAUCUACACUAUGUUGAUAUGGCCAUGGUUUCUUUCAUAAUCACAAUUGCUAUGUUCAAAUGUUGUGAUAUACUUUACAAACUGCCAUGGCUGCGUUCAUGCAUGAUUAAUCAGAACCCAUCUAACCACAUUAUUGUUUAAUUUGUUCUUGGGUUCAACUGAAUGUUUUUUUUUUACUCUGUCAAUUGGGGUUUAUCCAAUAAGCCAUACUUAAGCAUUAUGAAUGCAUAAGUUUGGCUUAUUGAAAAAUUCAGCAUUAUGAAUAAACCCAGUCAGAUACUUAGUCCCUAUUUUUCUUCACAGCCCUGAUGGCCCGUUUAAUUUAACCUGAUACUGACAUUUUAUUCAGGUUUCACCUGUUGACAUGCUUUAUAUUCUGAAUUAGUUCAACUCUUGAUAAAUGUGAUUCUAUGGGAUUUAGCCAAUGUGACCAACCAUUAAUUAAUUAAUUCACAAGAUAAACAAGCCAAAGAGCUGCUUUUUCAGGGUCAGAAAUAUGGGGAAGCCUCAAUUCGAAAUAGAAAUAGACUGAUGUGGUUUUCAGAUAUAAAAUUUAGAAGUAGAAAUAAGAGGGGUUUUUUUCCUUACAGAUGAUAACUUGAACUUGACCAUGGAAUUCAGCAAAUAAUAUUCUUCUAUGGAGUCUGCCAAAGCUUUUUCUGGCAUGAUGAACGAGAGGUUACUCUCACAAAGUACAAAUGGAAGAUUAAUGAUUGAUGGCUCAAGAGUGCACAGCUCAGAUUUGGGCAGAGCAAAGAAUUUCCCUUCUGUAUAAAGGCAACCAGCACCAGGAGAUGCCCCAUUGGCCUUUCCCAAUCAGAAGCAUCCAGCGGCAUUGCCAACAUGGCAUUUGAUGGUACCUGGCAAGUCUACACCCAAGAAAAGUACGAAGACUUCCUGAAAGCAAUUGCCCUGUCAGAUGAUAUCAUUAAAACUGCCAAAGACAUCAAGCCCAUUACUGAAAUCCGUCAGACCGGGAAUACUUUUGUGAUCACCUCGAAAACCCCCAACAAGUCUGUUACAAACACGUUCACGCUGGGAAAAGAAGCAGACAUGACUACCAUGGAUGGGAAAAAAGUCAAGUGCACAGUAAAUCUCACUGAUGGAAAAUUAAUAGCCAAGUCAGACAAAUUCAUCCACGAGCAACAAAUUGUAGGCAAUGAAAUGGUGGAGACUAUCUCCUGCGGCUCCGCCACAUUCACACGAAGGAGCAAGAAGAUUUAAAAAAGAAGAAGAAGAGGACUUUAUUAUCUUUUUGUAGGUGCUUUUGUACAUGAGAAAUAAAAAAAAAAAAUUCACUGUC